UAUACCGGAAGUGAAAGAAGAAAACCACAACAUUCGUAAAAAAAAUACAGAAAAGAAUUUUUGUCUGGUCCCAUAUACCAAGUGCCUUACUAAAUGCACCUCAAGCCCUGAUGCCUGGCAAGCUGUGAUGGGGGGCAAGGCCAGUAGUUUGAUAUGGUGCGAAUACAACCCACCAACUUUCUCAACACAGAGCAAGCCAUCAAGCUAUUUGUAUUGCUACAAAUUACCUCCCCCUAGCUAUAACUACAACUGGACUGAUCUUCACUAUGCAGCAAGUCAUGGAAAUGUCCGAAGAAUUCAAGAAAUUAUACACAAAUCUGGUACUAUUAACUUGAAUAAAAAAGACUAUUAUGGAAAGACACCUUUAUAUUGGGCUGCAUACAAAGGUCAUAAAGGUUGUGUAGAGGAAUUAUUAAAGUUUGGUGCCUCAGUUAACACAAAAUGUCGCCAUGGUGGAUCUCCACUUCAUGCAGUAGUCAGUUUAUAUCCAGAAUGUGCCUUACUACUUAUUAAGCAUGGUGCAGAUGUAAAUUUAGCAGAUAACUGGGGUGUGACACCAAUGUACUUAGCUGCCACCAGUGGACAAAUUGAAGUGAUGAAAUAUCUGUUGGCCUCAGGUGCAUCACCUGAGGUCAGGAAUAAGAAAACUGGGGAGAUUCCAAGGCAGUUGAACAGUCAUAAAGAAUUUUGCAAUUAUUUGUCAAGCCUUUCCAAAAAUCCACCUUCUUUGCAACAGUUGUGUCGAGUAAAUAUUAGACAAAGAAUGAAAGAACAUCCUAAUGUAAAAAUUAAAUAUCUUGCAGUCCCAAAGACAUUGAAAGACUAUUUAUCGUUGGCUGAGUAUGAGUCUCAGCCACAGAAACAAUCUAGUCCUUCAAGCUUUAAUGUGCUUUGUCAAUCUUAAUGUGAUAGCAUAAUGAUUUUAAUUUCAAGGUUAUAUUAUUUAAAUAUACAAUUUAUAGCAUAUAUUCACAUUUAAAAUUUAGUUUUUGUGAUCACUUUUAGUAGACAAAAUGUUGGCUUCUGUUGAAAUAUGAUUCUGUCUUAAUUUGUUGGAUAACAAAUAAAUUUGAUAUUUGCCAAUGUUAUAUGUACUGUACUGUGUAAAAGUGUUUGGGUACUGAGUGAAAUGUUCAUAUUUGUCAAAUAUAAGCAUGCAUGUCUUUACUCUUAUGUACAGAAGAUUUAGAUAGUACAUUAUUGAAUUAUGUCUGCUGCAAUACAAACAAUUUAUUUGAAAGUCAUCUUGACCUUGUCGAGUAAACCAGGGUAAUUGCUGGUGAUUUAGGAAAAUGUUUUGUUUUGCUCUUUGUUAUUUCAUAUUAUUUGCAUAUUGUUAUUACAGCUUGAUAUAAUUUAAUACAUGUGUGAAAGUAUAUAAUUUUUUGUUAAAAUCACAAUUUAUGCAUUAUAUUUAUAUUUUUCAUGCAUGCAUGCGUUGUUCAGGCAUGUGUUAUCUUUUGUCAAUGUCAGUUAAUUUUAAGUCCAUCAUAACAACUUUAGAUGAAACAUUUUGAUUUUUAUUUAGGAACAGGGACCAAAUCGUUUUAGCUUAAACUCCAGGGCUUAUUAAUAAUUUAUAGAAUUGCACACAAUGUACCAGUACCUAAAUCCAGUAUUUUUCUUUAGGAUUUACUUGUUUAGUUCAUUCUUUUUUGAAUUAAAUGCAUGGGAGGCACUUUUUUUAGACCCCAACCACGCAUUACGGUAUAUAAAAUUUGCAUUUUUUUUUACAAUUUUUUCCAAAUUUGAAGGAAAAUGCAACCACCCAUAAUUUUUAAUUUGAGUACCUCUCAUCCCUUCACUACUAUCAAUUUUGGAACAGCCCUUAUUUACACAGUGUACAAACAUGAAGAAUUUAUAUUUGCACACCAGUAAUUGUUUAUUUUAUAUGAACUAUCAAUCAGAUCUUAUAAAAAAAUUAUUAGUAAAAAUCAUUUCAGCCAAAUCAUCUGACUAUCAAUUAUAUAAUCAAUCUUGUUUUGUAAUGAAUAAACAAAGAAUAUUAUAAAUGACAUUCAUAAAUCACAAAGCAUAAUCAUGACAGUAACAGGUAUCAUAUGCACUGAAUAAGCAACACCAAAUUAUCUACAGCUAUUUAAAGUUAUAUUAGAAAUUGAUCUCAAUAUUACUCACAUAAAUCAGCUUGCAUAAGGUAACUUUAUAUAGAUAUAGGAAGAUGUGGUAUGAAUGCCAAUGAGACAACUCUCCAUCCAAGUUACAAUUUAUAAAAGUAAACCAUUAUAGGUCAAGGUACGGCCUUCAACACGGAGCAUUGGCUCACACCGAACAGCAAGCUAUAAAGGGCCCCAAAAAAUUACUAGUGUAAAACCAUUCAAACUGAAAAACCAACGAUCUAAUCUAUAUAAAAACGAGAAACGAGAAACACGUAUGAACUACAUAAACAGACGACAACUACUGUAAUCAGAUUCCUGACUUAGGACAGGUUUAGAUUAGAUAAACAUGAGUUCCAUCUGAGCAAUGUUAGUACUACAUUAGUAUUUUUUUUUAACGGUUUUAUAAAAUUUAAAUUGCAAAAUUUAAGUUGUGACAUUGAACUUUAUUUUCUUACAAACAUUUAUACAUAGUCUAGCUUAUUAUGUUAAAGCAGGUUAAUUAUGACAAACUAUUCAUUAGAAAAAAUCUGUACACCUAAAUUCUUGAGAAAAUGUUAUAAAAUGGCACAAUUUGAGGGUACAGGCAGUGAAGUUGAUGUCAAGAGGUUAUAUUAUUUUUGUUUUUUUACAUUUAGAAGUACUACGAGAGAAUAAAUAGGACAAAGGGAUUGUGUUUAAAGCGAUUGUGUUGAAAGGGAUUGUGUUGAAAGCGAUUGUGUUGCCUUUUAUUUUAUUUUCUGUUGUUUGAGAUUUUGUUAUGAAAGCUUUUGAAUGUUUUUCAUUUGGAAGGCUAUAUGAUUUAUAAAGUUUGCAUGUGCCAAAUAACAUGUUUUAAAAGUUU